UUCUCUUCUCGCCCAUCUUCCCUUGCGGACGCGCCCCCGUAUUCGUUUUUUUGGCUCCCUGUUUCGUCCGAAUCUGUCCUCCCAUCGCUGCACCUGAUAAUCUGCCCUCAUUCCCCCCCCCGUCUCCAUCGCAUCUCCAAUUGCAGUUCCACCCCGCACUCCUGCUUGCAUUUUUCGUUCUCGCUUCAUCCAGUACGCCCCAUCGCUUGCUUCUGCCAUCGCUUUCUUGAUCGAUCGAUCGAGUCUUGCUCCUGCCGAUCUCGUCCACGCCCCUCGCCUGUCUUGCCCACCUCCCACCCCGGUAUUGCCUUCUUCCCACGUACGAUCCACGCCCACCUCAAGUACCACCCCUUGCCGCCUGCCCUCUUUUUGAAGCUCGAGCCAUCAGCGUCUAACCUCCUCCCUCUGAAAUCCUCCUCCUAUCUGUCCACGAUCUCCCUCCCCUCCCCUUCCCCUCCGCGAUCCACAUUCGCAUCGUCGCCGUUUCCCACCAUCGCCAUGUCCUGGAAGCCUUACACCGGCCUCUCCGACAGCUUCCACUCGGUUGCCACAGAGCCUUACCCGUCGCUUUGGUCCUACCAGUCGCCUCCCAAAACCACCGAUCCGCUGAUGCUGCAGCACCAGCAUUCCGCACAGCUCAAGGACAUGUCGUCCGCCCACCUGCACUCGGGCCGCUUCGUUCAGCCUUUUGCGGGCUCGGCGCAAGGAUCGCUCGAUCGGCCUCUUGCCCAAGCGAAUCCUGCCGCCACCACUUCCACCCCCGCCGCAUCGGCCGUACCGUCGCUGUCCCAUCGCCUGUCCUUUAGCAAGUCGUCCCACGUCCUCCAUCCCACCAUCAUUCCCAACCUCGCCCCGCCGGGCUCGAGCCCUUCUCAAUCGUCCUCCAUCGGCCCCAACCCGCAUCUGACCCCGCGCACAAGCUCCUCGUCCCUCCAUGCCCUCGCCUUUGACGACCUGUCGUACUCGUAUCCACUGCAGUCCUAUGCCUCCGCCUAUGGCCCCGUCCGCCGCUCGUCCAACUCCCAUAUCCCCUCUGCCCAGUCUCUUUCGAGCACCUACCUUCCAGCCGACCCUGCCGUCCAUGAUCCUCGCUCCGGCGGCGCUCUUGAGGCUUCGUCGUCGCCCUCGACCCGCCGCGGCUCCGUCUCCCUCUUUAACGCAACGACCCUGCCCGCCAACACCCUCUCGUCUCUGACCACCAUCGCCGCCACUACUCCCUCUAGCACCACCACCACCACUUCUGUCCCCGUCGCCUCCAUGGCCUCCGUCGCCGCCUCCCAGUGGACUCUCGCAGAGCCCCUUGACCCACCUUCCCAGCCCUCUAUGGCCUCUAAUCCUCGAUCUGCCCACGCCUUGGCCCCGUCCGCCACCAACACCAUCACCAUCACCACCAGCGACAGCAUCAUCCGUCCGUCCGCAGUGCCUGCCUCCAUUCAUCAACAGCCUGCUAUCCCCGAGGCUGCCGAUGCGGCUGGCCCCCGCCGCGGCUCGCUGCAGACCCAGCCAAAGCAUGUCCGGGUGGCUCGCCGUCUGCGCCAGGACAUGCUCGGAUAUUACUCGUCUCUCGGCGUUACACGCGCAUGGGUCCCUGUCGCUGGGUCGCUCGCUUUGUCCGAGAGCAGCCCCUGGGUGUCGGUGCGCAUGGAUCCUGUCGAAACCGAGGUGUGCGAUCCGUUUGCGCUGUCGUUCCCGUUCGAACCAGUGCCCACCGACAUCCCACCCAGGCCCUCAGCCCCAAACCCUUCCCGUCCCACGCCGUUCCCGCCAGUCAACUCGGUUAUCGAAGAGCUCUCGCUCAGCUCGCGCCGACAGACCCCCCAGAUUCCAGAGCAGUCGCAUGAGGAACGCAGCCUCCAGAACGCCCACUCGGGCUCGUCGCUCAUGACCCUGAUGGAUCCGGAGCUCGAGCUCGAGCUCGGCGGCGACCCUCAGGACUCGUCCGCAAAGUCCUUUGCCUCGUCCCCCGACAAGUCUUUGGGUCCCAAGGGCAUCCAGCUGCCCAGAAGCAUGGCCUCGGUCGUCGCCGCAAGCGUCCGCCCCAGCGCCGACUCGAUCGUGCCCGCCAGUGCGACCCUGGCUCCUCCAAACCAGCGCCUGAUGAACGUCCACCCGGUCUCGGUCCCCAGACCUGCAGCGGGCAUGGUGGCCGCUCCUUCGGCUGCUGCUGUUGCUGCUUCUGUUGCUGCUCCUGCCGCUGUUGCUGCUCUUGCGCCGCUCCCCCAGCGAUCUGACGAGAUCGACAUCAUCGUCAGCGGCGCCGCCCUCCCUGCCAAGCCCAUUUCUGUCUUUGUGUCGUUCCUGCCUCUGACCGUGAGCGAGCGAGACGUCUACAAGCUCUUCCGGCUGCACGGAUCCAUCCUGGAGAUCCGCAUGGUGCCUAACAAGCGCGAAGAUGCCCAGUUUGCCUUUGUCGACUUUGACCGGCCCGAAAGUGCCCAGCAGGCGAUGCUGACCCUCCAGGGCGAGCGCCACUUUGACAUGUCCAAGAACCUCCACCUCGAGUUUGCCAGUCGCAAACAAAAGGAUGUGUCCAAGUCUCUGGCCAAGAAGACCGAGCGGUACCGAGUCUGGGACCGCGAGCUUGGCUAUGAGCCGGCCCAUUGAAACGGCAACCAGGGCCGGUGCAGAAGCAGGAAAGCUCUCGA